AUUCUCCCCACGUUUACAUUAGUUAGGGAACUGGAUCAGUUUUUUUCCCCGAGUUUUAAACCAAUACAAAUACUAAUCUUUGUGAAAUUCUCUUUAGUGAUUUUAACCCAAUACAAAAUCUGCUUUCACAUCUCAAUAAUUUCGUAAAUCUUCAUCCUUUUUUUCCCAACUAUAUAAACAAUUUUGGCAGUGAAGAAUGAAGAAAUCUGGCAAUGAUUGUUAAAAAUCGAGAAGUCUUUUUUUUUAUGGGAGAAACUACUUGGCCAGAAGCCAGGAACUAAGUUUGCGAUAUGGAUGUUUUCCUUGAGGAAAUUUUCUUCACAGGAUAAUAACGCUUGCUUGCACCAAAGUCGUCUUUUAACGGUCAAAAGGAGUAAAAAAUGUCAAUUUUCAGAAAACAGAGGGAGGUUGAAAUGAAUGAAGCAGUUAGGAGGUGAAAUUGGUCGGUGGAGAAGGGCUGCUGACGGCAUCACUGUGAGAAUGGCGAUACAGACUGGAGGUGGACAAUGAUGCUACGUGGAUUGGGAAACAAGAUCAGAAUCAGAUGGAUGCAAAAAGACAGAGUAAUUAAAAUCUUUCAGGCGUUGGUGUAAUUGUAUAUAUAUAUACAUCUAUACAAGACACAGACAAAAAAAGCUUCGUAAAUAUCAACAAAACACCAGCGGCGGCCAUGGUAAUGCGAGUUCCAUUCAGACCCUUUAUACCUGUUACUCUCACAAGAUUUACAAGAGAACUAGCGGAGCCGGUGUUGAAAGGAAAUUCUCCCUCUUAUUGAUUUGUGAUUUCGGAGAACUCUAUAAAAGGUUGAUGCUGAAAGUAUUCAUGUUUCCCUGUAUUGCAGAUACUAUUGCUUCAACAAGAAAGAAUGAUAAGCAUUUUGGUAGGAUUGGAAGGGUCAUAACUUCAGUAGAUACUGUGAGAUUUGUGCAGACAGCUUUCCGAAUUUCAUUUCCUAGGGCUGCUUCUGAAAGUAAAGAGAAGCCAUCUUCAAAUUUAAGAAACAGGAAGGUAAUUCCUGAGUCAGAUCCGCCUAGCAUCAAAGAUAUCAACCAUCUGUAUCAAUUCUUCGAUAGAAGUUCAAAACUUGUUGUUCUUACUGGUGCUGGCAUUAGCACAGAAUGUGGAAUUCCAGACUACAGAAGUCCGAAUGGAGCUUAUAGCACUGGAUUUAAACCCAUAACCCAUCAGGAGUUUAUGCGUUCUGUCCGAGCACGGAGAAGAUACUGGGCCAGGAGCUUUGCUGGAUGGCGAAAGUUCUCUGCAUCUCAACCAGGUGCCGCGCAUAUUGCUUUGGCAUCUCUUGAGAAGGCAGGCCGAAUAAAUUUAAUGAUCACCCAGAAUGUUGACAGGCUGCAUCAUCGCGCCGGCAGCAACCCACUAGAGCUGCAUGGAACUGUGUACAUUGUUGCUUGUACUGAUUGUGGUUUUUCUAUUUCCCGAAGUGCAUUUCAAGAUCAAGUAAAGAACCUUAAUGAAAAGUGGGCUGCUGCAAUUGAAAGUUUAGACUAUGACAGUGUUUCAGACAAGAGUUUUGGCAUGAAGAUAAGGCCUGAUGGUGAUAUCGAGAUAGACGAGAAAUUCUGGGAGGAGGACUUUCAAAUUCCUACUUGUCCAAGAUGUAAUGGAGUACUGAAACCUGAUGUAAGCAACUUUCUGUUUCACGAUAUAGUUUCAGCCUUUCUUUUUGCUUUCUUCCUGGAUCCUUUGAAAAAUUAGCUUUUAUGGUUUGAUGUAAAACUAUCAGGUUACAAAUAAUUGGCAAGAAAUGGAAAACGUUAUAGUUUUGUCUCCUUUUGCACUUGGUUGUCUUCUUUGGAGACAAUGUUCCCAAGGAUAGAGCUGAUACAGCUAUGGAAGCUGCAAAAGAUUGUGAUGCUUUCCUUGUGCUUGGCUCAUCUUUGAUGACCAUGUCUGCCUUCCGUCUUAUCAAGUAAGUACAAAUGAGAAUGAUCUUUGGUGAUAACAUUUCAGGUACUGUACAAAGUAUUGGAUUAGAUAUGAAGGUUUGGAAUUUAUUUCUUGCACAUGACGACAUUUAACCUCAUGGGAAAGAGGAAGUAAUGAAAAGGAAAGAGAAAGGGGUAUUACUCCAAACAGACCGUAACAAGAUUGAUGUUUGUUAGGUGUCUUUCCUUUUUUCUUUCUUUUUUCUUUUUUGUAAACUUUAGAUAUCACCUAAUAAAAAGACUUUCGAUUCUAGAUCUUUACAUGGCAUUUUAUUCAUUUGCCCAGUAACUUUCUCCUUAUUUUGCACGAAAUUUUUGGCAAAGUGUAUUUUUGUUUCUUCAAUUAUCAAGCCUUGAUUAUUGAACUUCUUUUCAAGCGGACCAGAUUGUUAUUUUUUUCAAAUCAGUAUGGACAUGCAUUAUCUAAUAUCUGUUACAUUUCAUUUCAAUUCAUAGUUACUCAUUAUUCAUCUUUAGAAAAACAAAUCAAUCCUUUUAGUAGUUCCAGGUUGAACCAACAAUUGAGUCUAUUAAUAACAAUUAAUGAAUGCAAAUUUCUAGCUUUUUUUUUUUUUUUUUUAACAUUUAUGUUGAGUUACUUUUUCUUUUUCUUGUUUUGGUGCAGUGACAUGUAAAUGAAUUACUAGUGUCCAAUUAGAAGCAAUUACUACUUGGUAGUAGCUCUAACACAAAGGAAUAACACCCUAUUCUAAUUAGAACGACUUAUAAUGUGUAUAGCCGAUGAAGAAUUACUUAGAAGUUUACUAUUCAUGAGAAUUGUCUACUAUCAACAAAAAAAUAAUAUGCAGACUAAACAUCAUGCUGUGAAUAGUGGUAGGUGUGUGAAUAAUGAGACAGGAAAUAGAUACCAAAUUUUAAAUUUCGAUUUGAGCUUUUACAUCUUAUAGUUUUACUAUGAGUUUAAAACUUGAUUGUAUGGAAGUAAUCAUAGAGAGGUCAAUAUAGUGAAUCUCAAAAUUAGUCAGCUAGAAAAAGCACAUCCAAAAGAUUUAAUAAAUUGUCUUUGAAAUUGAAAGAGAAGUUCUAUGUUUUGUAGAUUCGAAUAGUGGCCACAAGAUGUAAGAGAAGUAAAGGUGAGAUCGAUUUGUGGACAUACUCGAUGAUAAAGACGGGGGGGGGGGGGGGUGGGGUUACACAAAUAGAUGAAUGCAAUAGAAAGAAAAGUGGGGGCUUCCGCUUAAGAUGGUUUUGGCAAGUGCAGAGGAGGUCCACAGAUUCCACCAGUAAGAUGAUGAGUAUCUAAAUCAAAUUAGAAGUGUAAGGUCAAAGGGAAGACCUUAAAAGAGUUAGAAAGAAAUUAUUUAAAAAGGCAUGAUGAGUUUAUAUCAAUGUACUUUCUUAACAGGGUAUGAUGGCAACAUAUCAUCUAGAUUAUUAACUUCGCAUAGUGGGGUAAAAUAUACCUUGGUCAUUUUCCCUGUUGUAUAUGUUUAGGUUUUUGUGUACACAUAACUUUAGACUGCAAUUUGCUUUCUUGGCAAGGGUUGACCUGAAGUCUACUUCUUUGAGGUUACAACCUUCAUUUUUAUAUUAUUUGAGCUGUGCGGCUGUGCCACUACUCCAGCUUUCAAGGUUUCUUACACAAUUUACUUGAUAAUAUCUUUAGCUUAUUGGCCAAGUUUAGGAACAGUAUUUGACAUUUGGCUACACCGCUUUUCUGAACUUAUGGUCUUUCAAUGGCUGUUACCAAAAUCUAGAAGAAGCUUUUACAUGCCCAGCUAUAGAAACACAUUGACACCAAUACAUAUCGGCUGACAAUCUGCAUAAUUUUGUCGACUUUCAAGCUUUCAUCAUGCAUCUUGUUUCAGAUGCAUUUCUGCUGCUUCUUUUUCUUCUUAAUUUAGGCAUUUCUGGCUUUUUCUCAGGGACCACAUAGUUGGUGGAUUGUGCCUGAAUUAAUAACAGCUGAAUUCUGUAUGAUAUCUCUACCUUAUUGUUCACUCGGAAAAGUUGUCUUCCUUUGUGAUGUAUAGUUUUACCAAAUUGUUUCAGCGGUCUAUCCAAUAUUGUCAGUUAUGAUCUAAUCAUAGAUCUGUCAAGGUGUAUUAGGCGUGAUCCCAUGAAUAGUUUGACCAUAUAAUACCAAGUGUAUCCUCUUUAGCCUUCAGGAUAUUCAUAACUUGGGAAAAUAUCUCUUCUUUGGACACCAUGAUAUCAGUAUUCAGUUCUUAACACAUAGCUAGGGCACCUGUUGAACUUGAAUCCGAAGUAGGCCCCAUUCCUUCUUAUUAUUUUCUUCCUGUUUCAGUGCUGUUGGAAUUAUCAAAUAAAGAACGAGUCUUCUAUAUGGAUUUCAUUGUUUAACUGAACAGUUUGCAUUUAGCAACCAAAUAAUAAACUUUCUUCUCUCUUUUUCCCUCAUAAAAUGUACAAGCUAAUGAAUCUCUUCCUUUGAAUGUGUUCAUAUCAUUAUGCGAUCACAAUUAGCUAGACUCUAAUUGUUAGAGAUGACCUAAACGAACUAAGAAUCUGCUGACCGUUUUCAUCACUGGAAAUGUUAUGAUUGUAAAUAUAUUGCGUAACUACCUUGGAAUUUUGGAUGAUUUGGGCAGCUCGAUUGAACAUUUUCAUGGUGAAAGACUAAAGAGAUAAAUACCCAUUAGAGUGUUUGUAGUGUUAAGGUUCACAUUCCAAGUUGAAUCUGUGGAUACGAAUCUUGAAUGUAAAUUUGUUGUUAUUGUUCACGAUAGGACAUUCAUUAAUGUUACCUUUUAAUAAAAAAAAAUUAAUUUUGCAUUAG